AUGAAUCAAGAGGAGUUUAAUCAAGUUUAUGGAAAAGUAAAAUGUGAAAAAAAAAAAUCAAAAAAUGGUGGAUUUAGUUUGGUGAGAGCUGUUAAGUCAUUUAUUCCUAUUCUAGAAUGGUUACCUAAUUAUAAUAUUAAACAAAACUUGCAUGGUGAUAUUAUAGCAGGAAUGGCAUAUGCUUCAUUAGCUGGUGUACCACCAAUACAUGGAUUAUAUUCUUCAUUUUUUGCAUCAAUCAUUUAUAUGUUUUUUGGUACUUCACGCCAUAUAUCUAUUGGGGUGUUUGCUGUAGUAUCAAUGAUGACCGGUGCAACGAGAAUUAAAUUUGUCAAUGAUGAAAUAGUAAAUAAUAAUUUAACUGUUAAUCAGGGAAAUGUUGAAGUGAUAGAUUCAUUAACAUUGACAAGUACAAUCACUUUUACAGUUGGGUUAAUACAAAUAAUAAUGGGAUUAUUUAGAUUAAGUUUUUUGACAAAUUAUAUGUCUGAUGCUUUAGUAUCUGGAUUUACGACAGGUGCAGCAUGUCAUGUAUUUAUGUCACAAUUAAAUAAAGUUUUUGGUUAUAAAAUACCUAAACAUUCUGGAAUUGGAAUGUUAAUUUUUAUGUUAAAAGAUAUUAUAAUGAAUUUGUAUAAGACUAAUUUUAUAACAUUAGGAUUAGCAACAUUUGGAUUAAUAUUUUUAUCAUUAGGUAGAGAUUAUUUAAAUCCAUGGUUUAGAAAAUACUCUUUAAUACCAAUACCAUUAGAAUUAAUUUUAGUUAUCAUUACAACAAUUGCUUCAAGUAUAUUUGAUUUUAAAGAAAAAUUUAAUGUACCAAUUGUUGAUAAUAUUCCACAAGGUUUUCCAUUACCAAAAUGGCCUAACUUGAAACUUGUUCCAUUAGUAUAUAUUGAUUGUAUAGGUAUUUCUAUUGUAUGUUACAUGUUUGUAAUGUCAAUGGCUAAAUUAUUUGCCAAAAAACAUAAAUAUCCUAUAAAUUCAAAUCAAGAAUUGUAUGCAUGUGGAUUGAUGUCAUUAUUAAGUUCUGUUUUUCCUGUAUACCCAACAGGAGCCUCAUUAUCUAGAUCUUCUGUUUGUGAAAUGUCUGGAGUCAAAACACAACUAAAUGUUGUUUUUUCAAGUUUAUUAUUAGUUGUUGUAAUAAUGUGGUUAGGUGUUUAUUUGGAACCAUUACCAAUGUGUAUCUUAGCAAGUAUUGUUAUAAUUUCUUUGAAAUCAUUAUUUAUGCAAUUUAAAGAUCUUGGUAAAUUAUGGAGAAUCAGUAAAUAUGACUUUUCUGUAUGGAUUAUUGCUUUUGCUUCAACAGCUUUUGGAACUGUCACCUUUGGUUUGGCUGUUUCUUUAGGUUUUAUUUUAUUGACAGUUGUUAUGCAAGAACAAUUUCCACAAAUGAUUGAAUUAGGAAGUAGUGAAAACAGAAAAUAUUUUAGAUCAAUAGAUAAUUAUAGUAAUUUAAGUAAGAUUAAAGAUAAUGUAACAAUUUUAAAAUUUGAGUCACCCUUACAUUUUGCUAAUUCCUCAAGAUUUGUUGAUAAAGUAUGUGAAGUUUAUACACAAUUUGACAAUCAUUUAUCAUCAAUGAAAAUAAUAAAAAGUAAUGAAAAACUUGAUGAAAAACUUGAUGAAAAUGAAGAACCAAUCAAAGAAUGUCUUAAUAAGGAUAAAAAAAAUUUUAUCAUACUAGAUUGUUCAUCCAUAUCUUAUCUUGAUACAAUGGGUUUAGAUGCCUUAAAGAAGGUAGAAAUUGAAAGUAAUUUAUUAAGAAUUGAAUUUUAUUUGACUAAUUUGAAUGAAAAUAUUAUCACAUUAUUUGAUAAAUGCAAUGAAAAUGAAGUACCUAAAAAAAAUAAUAUCUUUCCUACUGUUAAUGAUGCUCUUGAGUAUAUUGAAAAUUUUGGUCAAAACUAA